AUGUACCGUUGGGGUGUUUGGGAGGCUCUUCUGAGCCUGGUGCUCAUCUUUAUGGCCGGAUCCGUGUGGAUACAGGUCGAAGGGCACGAGGAGCACGAUGCUCACUACUGGAAGCAUAUGGCGCACGAGCUGCUGUACGAGAAGAAGGACUAUACGAUGCAGAAGAUUAACAUUGCCAAAAACAUCAUGGUGUUUGUCGGUGCCGGUAUGUCCCAAGCGACCGUCACUGCUGCCCGGUUCUACAACGGAGGCGACAAUGAAACGUUUGCCUUCGAGCGUUUGAAGUGGAGCGGAAAUGCACGGACUUACUGCGUCGAUAGCCGUGUGCCGGACAGUGCCUGUGCCGGGACAGCCUUUCUGACCGGUGUGAAAUCCAACUUUGGCACCGUGGCGAUGGAUCCGACCGUUCACCGGGGCGAGUGUACCAACGAUGCGGCGAAAAAACUUGCCUCCAUCGCCAAAUGGGCCCUCGAGGCGGGCAAAGCGGUCGGAUUCGCAACCACAUCACGCGUUACCUCCGGUUCGAACGCGGCCCUGUACGCCAACAGUCCCGACAGUGACUGGGAAAACGAUGCUGACGUUAGUGCGGGUGGAUGUACUGCAGCUACCGUGCCGGACAUUGCUCAUCAGCUUAUCCACGGUGACAUUGGAAAACAAUUUAAGGUGAUUCUUGGUGGAGGACGUAAGCAUUUCAUUCCAACCACCGAAACGGAUCCUUCCGGUGCACGAGGACUGCGAGCCGAUGGUAAAAACCUCAUCAACGAAUGGAAACAGUCAAAGCAGGGAGCAAACGCCACGUAUAUAACAACCGUGGGUGAACUGGCCAGCCUAGACACAUCCAAGAUCGACUACCUGCUCGGACUGUUCGAUUACGACCAUCUGCCCUUCAGCUCGGACAUCGCCAACGGCAGUGACACGCCGGCGCUCGUGCGCAUGGUGCAUUAUUCGCUCGAGAUGCUUCAGAAACCGGAACACACCAACGGCUUCCUGCUGUUCGUGGAGGAUGGCAAUAUCCGGCGGGCACACGGCCAAAACAAACCGCGCAAAGCGUUCGAUCAGGUACGCCACUAUGCCAGCGCGUUCAACAUGGCCAACAUGAUGGCGAGCGAGCAGAAUACGCUCUUUAUCUCGAUGAACGACGUCGGCAGCACGCUCUCCCUGCCAGGCUACCCGGAACGUUCGUCGGAUCCGUUGGCAACUGCGGCCGGUACCGGCAGUGACGAUACGCUGCCUUAUCUUGGCCUUAGCUAUGCAACCGGACCGUCACACUCCCAGUACUAUCGUCCCGGCGUGGGACGGCUAAACCCGAUGGAGGUGCUGCAAGGCGUACCGAACGUACUGGAACGUACCUGUCCGGCGUUGGUUCCGAUGGUGGAGGGUGCCGAUGGUGGUGAAGAUGCUAGCGUGUACGCCUCUGGACCGUGGGCGUUUAUGCUGUCCGGCGGGUACGAGCAGCACUUUGUGGCCCAUACGAUUGCGUUCGCUUCCUGCAUGGAUGGGGCGUGCGAUGGAGCGGCCACGUUGGUACUGUCUUGGGUUGCGAUCCUCGGUGCGGUUAGUGUACGAUUGUUUGCGUAGAUUU